CAAGAUGCCCUGCGCAAGAAGAAGGUCCAACUGGUGGCCUUCCUGCUCCUCACGUACCGCGCCAAGGAGCUGACCACAAAGGCAGAGAUGCUGGAGCGGGUCACCCAGGAUCACCAGGACCACUUCCCUGUGAUCUUCAGCCAAGCCUCCAAGGAUUUGCAGCUGGUCUUUGGCAUGGAUGUGAAGGAAGUGGACCCCAGUGGCCACUCCUAUGUCCUAGUCCCCACCCUUGGCCUCACCUGGAAUGGGGUGACCGAAGAGUAGCGCCUCCCCAAGACCGGCCUCCUGGUGCUGCUCCUGGGCGUGAUCCUCCUGCGUGGUGGCCAGGCUUCUGAGGAGGAAGUGUGGAAAUUGCUGAGUGUUGGGAAGGUGUACCCCGGGAGGGAGCACUUCAUCUAUGGGGAGCCCAGGGAGCUCAUAACUGGGAUCUGGGUGCAGGAGCAGUACCUGGAGUACCGGCAGGUUCCUGACAGCAAUCCUGCUCGCUUACUUGCCCACGCAGAGGCCAGCAAGAUGCAGGUCCUGCUGUUUUUGCUCAGGCUCCUUAGCAUGGCUACAGGCUCUUUCCUGUCCCUAUCUGAGGAGGCUAGAAGCAAUGAGGAACAGGGUCCCUGA